AUGUGGAUUCCUAUUAUUAUUCCCUUUGGAACUAGACUAAAGUCAAAAGUUUGCGAUAAUAAAAAAAGAAUUUGUAUAAAUUGUAAAAAUAGUGGUGUUCAACUCUUAAAAAAUGAUGAGUGGUUUCAUUUAUUUUUUGUUCCUCUGGUAAAAAUUAAUAAAGGACAAGAGUAUUUACACUGUCCAACAUGUGGUGCUACAUGGCCAUAUGUUCCAGAAGAACACUAUGCAAACUUUAAUAAUCCAGAAGAAGAUGUGCAGUUUGAAUCAGCAAACAAAAAAGAUAAAAAAAGGUGGGGAAAGAAACACAAAUAUGAUGGACCUCCCAAACCUCAACCACAACCACAACAACAGCAAUAUCCUCAGCAACAACAACAGCAAUAUCCAAACUAUGAUCAACAGCAAUAUGCUCCUCAGCAAAUGUCCCAAGAACACUAUCAACAACAACCAAUGUAUUUUAAUUCUGAAGAACAACAAAAGUUUUUUAAUGAAAAUCAACCAAUUGGUCCACCAGAUAGAAAUUAUAAUGCUCCAAAAAAUGAUUUUACAUUGGAAAAAAACACUCAAAAUAAAUAA